GCUGGUAUCAAAACCGUUAUUUUUUUGUAAUGUUAUCACGUGGAAUACAGUUCGAGAAUUGCGGUGGCGACCCUUAGGGAAAAAUAACAUAAAAAGACUUUAAAUAUCGCAAUCUUUUGACACCUUUGAUUUAUGUUAUCUCAAAUCAGCAAGAUGCUGUGACUUUGACACCACUUAAACACUUUGACUGCUGUGGCAGCGAAAAAACAGACAUUUUGCUUUAGUUUAUAAAUCAGUGUCACUCGCGAAACAUGAUAAGAAACACGUCUGUUCACUCAUUGCUCAUAAACGUCGUCGCGAAUUUAAAACGGAUGGAAAGAAGCACAGCUUUACCACACACAUAGAUCAAACAAUUACUUUUGAAUAAAACACACCUUUACAAUAAAAACCAUUGUUCAAGCGAGCACAAUAAAAGUGACAUUUAGGCGUUGCGUUCAUACUCGAAUGAUCACUUACAAAGGAAGGACCGGGACUAAAUAUAUUUCGAUGUUAUCGGAGCUCGUAUCACAUGGGCGGGUUGAUGAUUUGACCCGCCAUAAUUCACGGCUAUAUAUACCUUGAAUGAAAACAGGGAACGUAUGAUUGAAUACAUUCCUUUGUAUGCUAGAAAGUGACAGCUUUCUGUCUCGGUUGGUGGCAUAGUGUUAUAAUCCAGACCAAUAGUGACAGUAAUUUUAUAAUCAUAAGUCCCGUCUGUUUCUCUCUCUCUCUCUCCUCAGCGAAGCCUCGUUGAUUGCAGCAAAAUGGCGGGCUAUUUUGGGCAUGUCGGCGGACAUAUGCCACCAUACCCUGUAAACAGCCACGGAUUAAGCCAUCCAGCUCCCAACAUUGAUUUUUUCAGCCAAAUGGCGCCUCCGUCUUGUGGUAAGUGCCUCGUGAAUACACUUGAAUUAGAUUUAAAAGCGACCUUGCAGUGACUCAUUCUACAGGGGUUUGUUGCAACCAGUUACAGUUGCAUGAAAGUAGCGUGCUCUUUACGGUUGAAUUCUGUGCGGGUUUUGCGUAACAGCAACUUGAACGAAUGAAGUGAGGAUUAAUCACAAGCUUUAGUUAAUUUAUCUAUUGGAUUUUCAUUUCCCGUGCAAGAAGGUCACGGGAUACCACUGCAACUUAAUCGUGACAAGACCUUGUGUUUAAUCUUCGUUCUAGUCCAUUUUAUCCCCGACACAGUUCAUUGAAAGACACGACUGUGAAUCUAAAGGCUUAAAUUAUCCGCGCUUUUGCAUAGAAUGUGACGGAAGCCAUCGUUUAAUAGCCGAAACAGCAAUGGAUUUGGAGGAAAUGUGAAUUUGCGCAACUAACUACAUGCACGUAGCUGAGAAACGCGUUUUGAACGUUACACAUGUAUCUCCUUGGGCAGUUCUUCAAACACUUUAUUUGCUAAUUGAAAAAUGGGUUUACAUACACGGAUUUGCUCAUGGAACAAUGUUUAAACAGGCCUUGUUUGUUACAUAAUUACACAUCAUUAAAGGCUUAGUAAAUCAUCAUCGAUUUCAUGCAGUUCGUGGUGUUAGGAAACCUGUCAUUUACCUCAACAGUUGACAGAAUGGAUCGGACAAGUCAGUCCUUCAUUUGCCUUACAUUUGUCAAAGCAACGUUAUUUCCAGUGAUCUAGAUAAACAAAUUCACUUCACUUGGCUAAAUUAGAGUAAUUUGACAUUUUUAUGAACUUCUGAUUGACUUCAUUUGCGGUCAGCAGUGGUUUCUGUGGGUCGUCUCUUCUGUGCUGUCUCAGAAUUGUUAAAUGUUUCUUCAAGCUCACGGGUUGUAUAAUUUCGCUAACCACUGAGUUACGUGACGAGAAUAGAGUUGCUGGAUUUGAAAUUGUCAUGAUCGGAAUAGAAUGGCAAUGAAAUACAUAAAUUUCAUUUAACCGAGAGGCCUAGACUCGUUGUUGAAUUAUUGCUGCAGUAUGACUGUUCUUUCAUAAACUCUUCAACUAUCAAAGUGCGCAUUCAAUUGCAACAGGCAGUCACUUUUUUAUAAAAAGCUGUAGGGAGGCUGCACGAGGUACUACUUUUUUAGUCUCAUUCCGCAAUGGUAGUAAAGCUUCGGAGCCUCUGUAACACAGUUUCUAUGAAGUGAAGGCGAGCCGCUGAGUGGUAUAUCGGUAAGUUUGUUUUUCUUUCGUGGAUAACGAUGCCCUUGAAUGUUGAAUCUUGCCUCACGCAAAAAGUACGAGAGAUGCUGUUUCUGUUGUCUUUUUUGUAUUCAAAGUUUUUCGUUUUUUUAACUCUUGCGACUUGCAAUACAGGCGACUAAAAAUGCUGGUUAAAUGAUUAGUGCUAAGAACUGAUAGGCCACCAUAGAAUAGUCCUAACAACUUGCUACAAACUGAUGUGAAAGGUGCAGAAAGAGCUACAGCAUCUUUGCAACUGAAUUUAGAAUUCACAAAAUUGGUCUCAUUUGCUCUACCUAUGAGCAUCUCCGUUCCGAAGGUCACGUAGUAAAGUUCCUAAAAACAAAGUUAGUGUAGGAGGGUUUGAGGUACCGGUAGUAACAAAGAUAAUUGGUUCGGUUUGUACCUUUAGAUCCGGAUGCCACUAGAUGCGCCUGUACAUGUAUAUUCAGUUAAAGAAAAACGUAAAGUUGAAUUUGUAAACGAUAAUUGAAAUGUACAAUCAUACUUUCAACGCAGGUCUUCAAGUUUUAUGCCAUAGUUUUUUAAUCAGUUUACUUUUGGAUUCUGUGCGCGAAAUUGCAUCCCAAAAUGCGCCACUGAAAAUAGAGCUACUUUAAAACUGCACUUUCCUGUGGCACUGUUAAAUUUGUUGCACAAGGUACAGAAAACUACAGUGUGACCUUUCCAAAAAUUUGACCGGUGCUGUUUAUUCAGCUGUGUAGAUUACUCUCUUAACUUUUGAGUCACUGAAUGGAAUCUUCUGAGGCUUCCCAUCCACAAUGAAGCUAUUCUGAUAAACUUUGUUUGGUAUUCUGUUAGUUCAAUAUUAUGCUUUUUAAGAUGAUUCUUGUUUUUCAAAAUAAGAUGAAAUGUUAUAGUGUGAAAAACAACGGCUAGUGAGCAGUUGUUUAUUAUGCUAUACAACAUCGGCUUUAUCUUCUGGGUUUUCUGGACGCUAAUCUUCAGUGUGGACGAUUCAAUUGAAAGCUUCUAGCAAAACGCCACGAACAUUCUUCGUUUAUUCAUAUCUUCGGACAAUUAAACGUUGGUCAGGGUUGUAUUCGGCACUUUUGUAGGUGCAACGAUUAUCAAAGAGAAAGGCAGUUGCAAGGGAUAUAUCAUUAAGUCAGUUUUGGUUAAAAUACGAUGUUUUGUCUGGGCGUUCAUCCUUAAGUACAACAUUCUGUUCAAAUGAAAACUAGUAUUGUUAUAAUGUUAUUAUGAGGCAAUAGAUGGUGUAUUAGUAUUGUAAACUAGCGUUACGAAAACAGGAAAAGAAAAUCGAUUAUCUUCACCGCACAUGCUGCUGAUAUUGACGAAGUAAAGUCACUCAGAACUUUCAGCCAAAAGACGGAACAAAAAUAGAAUAACAACGUUUAAGAUCUAAGCUUUUAUCUCGCUGGACGAGCAGAAAAUGCCAAAUUACGGGUACAAAUAACUAGCUGUGCAUAGUCAGGCUUGUUGUGCUAAAAUACUUUUAUCUACUCUUGGAAGAAAUAUUCUCACUUUGUGUCGAGCAACAAUGCAUAUUUUCCGUGCAUGCGUGAUAUCACGUGAGUUUUCUCAUGGACGGUUUCUAAGGUCAUUUAAAGUGAACUGAAACGUUUCACAAUUUUGUUUAAACUGAGAGCGACUUGAACUAACAAUACUAUGAAGAGAAGCUAAAACCAACCUACACAGGAAACAAAACUAUACAACGCAAGAUGAAAACUACCGUACAACAUCUCUGGAUUUACCAGAGGAUUGUAACUGGUCGAGCACUGGUUAUUUUCAAAAUGAGUUGAAGUCUAACUUGUCAGGUAUUCGUACGCAACAAAAGUGGCAGAUUUUUAGCAUUUUUAGCAAUCAUCCUUCCCACAAUCCUAACAAGAACUCAAGAGGAUGUCUUCAGUUGGCGUUGACCGCACGAAUUCGAGUCACAUAUAAUUGCUUGACUUUUUCGAAGAUAACUACGUGCCUCACAAAAUCUUGAAAAAACUAUUUCACUGCUCAUUCUGUGAACAUUUAAAGUGAUACAUGUACCUCUUUCUUGGUAGUACCUUCACAUAGUGCUAUUCGUUUUUACACACUUUAUAAAAUCCAGGUUGCUUCUUUUGGUUUAUAGUCUAGAAUUCAAUGUGUAGCACUCUAUCUGUACCCUUAGGCUAGGCGAAAUUUCUCUUCUCUAAGUGCGAUGUGAUACUUCAAAACAAAACAAGAUAGAGCAAAACUGAACAGCUAGUUGGAACAGAAACUGCAGGACUACAUGCAACUAUUUGUAGCCAGAGUACUGCCCGCCGCCCCUUGCGUUAAAAAAACAUAUAUAAAUAACAAGAACUCUUUGAUUUAUUUAAGCAAAGAGGAUGGGCCUUUGCAUGUGAGACGUCUUUGUGAAAGGCGCUCUAAAAUCCAGUACUACUCUUCUGGCAAUACUUAUAGCCGCCACAAUGUCUCUAAGUAUGGAUGUAAAUACCACUAUAACACUUUACACUAAACUUUGCUGGUUCUAUAACUAUAUUCAAACACUUUAACACCCUAUGGAAUCCUGUAGUGUGACCAUUCGAAUGAAAGCUACUGAGCAGUACUUUCCUGUGGUACUGCUUAUUACGCUGUACAACGUGUUUCUAACUUUUGUGUCUGUGGAUGAAAUCCUAGGGUGUGAUCAUUUAAAUGAAAGCUACUGAGCAGUAUACGACGCGUUUUGAUGCUUUGGAUGUACCUACCAGGUGUUUCUAACUUUUGUGUCUGUGGAUGAAAUCCUAUGGUGUGACCAUUCAAAUGAAAGCUACUGAGCAGUACUUUCCUGUGGUACUGUUUAUUAUGCUGUACAAGGUGGUUCUAACUUUUGAAUCUGUGGAUGAAAUCCUAUGGUGUGACCAUUCAAAUGACACCUAUUUUGUAGAACUUUUACAUAGUACUAGUCAUUUCUUAGGAUUUUAACAGAGAAAUGUGCAGUUCUGUGAAUUUUUUUUUACUUUCGCUUAAAAAGCCAGUUUCUCUUGACCUUCAUGAAUUCAAGGCAAAUAGGGUGAGCAACAUCGAUUUAACUCCAGCACCUAAACUUGAAAUUAAAAAAAGAAGAAGAAGAAGAAAGAAGAAAAGCAAAAAAACGCGGAAUUUUAUAUCAUGUAAUACUGAAAUGAAAGGCAUGCAAAAACGCUCCAUAUUUGAAGGGUAAUACCGAAGUAUUUGCCAAGUGUCCAUAGAGUCGAAAGUUAGAACAACCUUGUGUAGCACAAUAAACACUACGGAAGAAAAGUUCUGUUUGGCCAUUGCACCCUGGCGGCACUUCAUAGCAGUUUGUUGCGAUCGAAAAACCUCUUGUUUUUCACUUAAUUUUCACCUGUUAUAAGCCUGUUUGAGUUCAUUUACACAUUUUAACAAGAUAGCUUAGCGUUUAUCAAUUAAAAGUCCUCGUGUGGCUUAAACUGAAGUUCUUCCCUAAGUAAGCGUGACCCAAAAGGACACCAAUUUUAGUUUAAUGAAAAAAAAUAAUUUGACCUUUCCCUUCCGUGAGUGGCAGAAAUGAGAAAGGAUGAUAGAACGAAAAGAAAGGAGAUAUCUCAAAUUCCAUUCACGUGUAAUAGUUAGAAGAAAUCUUGGCAAAGCGAAAGUACGGCACAUGUUCUGCCGAAGAAAAUUCAUUUGAAUUGUCACACCAGUAGAUAUCAGCCACAGAAACAGAAGCUAAGACCACAUUGUACAGCAUAAUAAAUAGCACCAUAGGAAAGUACUUGUCAGUAGCUUUCAUUUGAAUGGUCCCACCAUAGGAUUUCAUCCACAGACUCAAAAGUUAAAACCACCUUGUACAGCAUUAUAAACAGUACCACAGGAAAGAACUGUUCAGUAGCUUUCAUUUGAACGGUCACAGUAAAUUGCUUUUCUCCAUAAAAUCGACCUCAGGGGUAAAAAACCGCACGUAUCGACCCGACCCUCGAAAAGAAUUAAUUAGUGAGCUCUUCCUUUCAAGCAUAGAACGCUCUUUCUUCGCCAGUUAAAUGCACUGUGGGUGCCAGAUAUUAUAAUAAAAGUAAUAAAUAACAAUUAUUGCUUCUUUGGUGAGAAAGAGCAAGCGAACCAUGAAGUCGCAAAAUCGUCAAUGCGGAAAAUUCUCACUUCUAACCAUAUAACGAAGAGAUCAGUGGGUUAGCCAAACCUUUGUAGUAUCUGGUUUUCAUUAGUAUCAACAGUUGAAUAAUGCCUAUUUCAUGUCAUGCCUUUAUAACCCCCUCAGAUAGCCCUAGACGCCCAUUCAUUGUGGUGGUUUCACUUCCUCUGUUCUUUGGUUAGCAAAACAUAUGUUUUAUUUUCGGACCUGGCAUGUAGUCUCCCGACCGAUGCUGUUUAUAGCCUAAAAUAACCCUUUGUGUCGUAACUGUAUAGUGGCGGCCAUCCAAGUUCAAUAACCUGCGUGAUAGUUUUUGCUCGAAUAAGCACAUCCAAGGUUUUCUCAGUUUACGUAGUCAAAAGAUGGGAUCUUUUAUACAGCGUUCCGUGCACAGUACCACAGGAAAGUACUGAUUCAAAUGGCUGGCCAGAAUUGUAUUGAAAUGAUUUUUCGCUCUAACUUUUGCAUCUGUGGAUGAAAUACUAUGUUGUUACCAUUUAAAUGAAAGCCACUGAGCAGUACUUUCCUGUGGUACUGUUUAGUAUGCUGUACAAUGUGGUUCUAACUUUUGAGUUUGUGGAUGAAAUCCUGUGGCGUGACCGUUCAAAUAAAACGUCUUUGGUAGACGCAUUGCAUCAUACCAUUUAAAUGUUAGGAUUUUAAAGAAAUAAAUUGUAUCUUUUUUUUCGAAUUUUUACUUUGGCCAAUCGGUCCACUUAAAAUAGCAUUAUACAAGUAACACGGAAAGGUGCUGAAAUCUUUAAUUAUAAAAAAACUAUUCGAACAGAGUUGUCGUGCAGCAAGUUAAUAGACUUUAUUUUAAAUUUUCCCUGUUUACUCUAAAGGUAGCCUGUGUACAGACCCCCUCCGAUUUUUCGUGAGGGGAGGGGGCGGGUCUGUACACAAGCUACUCUAAAGGCUAUUUCGAUUUUGCAUGAAAUUGCCACAAAUAAUUGUGUAAUAAGUUACACACUGUACUAAAUCAUGACGAUAAAAGCUUGCAACACUGGCUGUUUCUUGAUUUCCCAAAAUUUACUUGAAUGGAACCAAUGUUUUUUGUCUUGUUUUCCACUUCCGUUGGACUGCAAUGAAUAAUUAAAGACUAACAGGCAAUAUUAAUUCUUUAAAGUAUUCCCGUGGCGCUUCCGAUUUGUUUUUAAGCCCAGUUUCACGGCAUCAAAGGAAAGCUAUACACAAAAAAUUUAAUUUAGAUACACUCGUUACACUCGAGGCAAAAUACUAGAAAAAUAUGUUUGCAUUGGAAUCCGAUAUUGCCUAAUUUGCGAGGAAAAAUGAUUUGUUAAUGUUCUCAGCGGCUUUAAUCUGUAGACGUCUGGCAACAGAUCUUGUUGUUUAAAUUUAAGGAAUGUGUUCGUGGAUGAAUGGAAAUCACGCAAUUUGGGAACGUUGUAGUUUCCAAGAAAUAGCUUGGUAACAAAAUUUUUAACGAACGCGAGAACGAAGGGACUGCACUUAUUUGUGACUAAAAAAAUGUAAUAGCUUCCAUAAAAUCGUUUUCUGGGUCAGAAGAUGAUUACAGAAAGUAUUGAAUGUUUUGCGAAUAGUCAAUGCCCAUUUUUUGUGUAAUAUAUAUAAUCCCCCUGUUUGCCUGCCUCUUCGGCCACUGGCAACAAUUACAGACUCACGAGAUGCAGUACCACAGGAAAGUACUGAACAAUUUGGAAGUGUGCAGGGAGAUUUUGUUUAGGUUGAAAAAAGAAUACAAAUUUGGGUUCCAAAUUGGAUUGGGAAAAUUUCUGGUGUUGAUCUGCAAAAUGAAAAGGAAAAUUUCACAUGUUACAUGGUAACAAAAUCAACCGUUCGUGCUCAGAAUAUAUUUGGAAAAUGAUACACUUUAGUUCACUGGAAAAAUCGUCUGGUUUUUUUUGUCUGAAGAUGAAGGCUGUUUUACAAUUUUAGUCAGAAAAUAGUAAGACAAACUACCGUGUUUUGGCCUCAAUAUAACCGGAGGUACUUGCUUAUUCUGGUCUCCAAAUAGCUAGAGAAACGAAGUACAAAUUUCGCUGAGGUAUUGCUUGUACAGAAUUGAUCAAAAAAUGAGUUGUGACCCCAAUUUCUUACUUUGGUCUGAAAAAUAAGGACGAACAAAACGUCCUUAUUUGUACAGAAAUGAACAUAGAAACGUACCUAUUUUAUUCGGGAAAAAGGUAAAGAAACUUACUCUUGGUCUUAAAAUAAAAAAAAGAAAGGAUAGACGAAAGUAGAGGAACCUUCUAACUUCUUGUCUGAAAACAGGUAGAAUGAACCCUUAUUUUGGGGGGAGAAAAGGAAACUUAGUCAGGUCUGAAAAUGACUAGAGAAACCUUCUUAUGUAGAAUAACAGGUGCGGUCACACUGGGCCUUUCCCUGAAACCUUCCCUUGGGGAAAUAGCUUGGCUUGAGUUUUCUUUCAUGUAUGCGGUUACACAGCGAUAAAUUGCCCAAGGGGAAGCCGGAUUCGUGGCAAACGUCGUUGUAAACGAUGAAGGCUGACAUAAAUCGUAAACGCUUACGACUAUGUUUACCCUUUUAAUAAUACUAAAAACGAAGAGGUGGACUUCAUUGGCGCUUAUCAGAAAAACGAAAAUUCCCACUCAAAAAUCAAAAGUACGGGUUUAUAAAAAUGGUGGCAACGACUUUAUAAGAAAAGAAUUCUUGAACACUGAUGUAAAGAAAACUUGCAAGUGUUUCAAGUUGCUUUUGGAUUUACAGACUUUCAAAAAUGUCCUUCGUCCGAUUUAAUAUGGCGUGGCGCCAUAUUAAACUCGUAAGAUCGACUUGUGGCAAGUCUAUUGAAUUUAUUAAACGGAAAAACCUGAAAAAAAGUUAUUUCUAAACCUGUGUGUGGUUUUCUCUUAAAACAGCACAUCCAAGGAAACAGCGACGAGAACGAACAACAUUCACUAAAGCACAGUUAGAAAUCCUAGAAGAACUCUUCAGCAAGACGAAAUAUCCUGACAUCUUCAUGAGGGAAGAAGUAGCUAUGAAAAUUAGUCUUCCAGAGAGUAGAGUACAGGUAUGAGCACUCUUAUACUACUACAUGAGAAAUUUCUACAAUUUGAUUGGCUUAGAGCAGUGGUAUUUCAGCUUAAUUUGAAAUACCUACAUGUGAAAAUUACAAACCCUUCGCCGGUGGUAGUAUAAACAAAUAAUAGCAUGAUUUGUACGUGAUAUUUGGCAUAAAUACGUGAUAUUUGGCAUAAAUAACACUCGUUAUAUUUCAAAAUUGUCUCAAAUUUAACUCGCCUAACGGCUCGUGAAAAUACGUAUAACAAUUUUGAAAUAUCACUCGUGGUAUUUAUGCCAAAUAUCACUACAAAUCAUGCCAUUACCUAUACAUAUUGUCAGGACUGUCAUUAAGAGCCGGGGGCCAGGGAUUUCCCCGGCUACUAUGAACAUGGCCCCCGGCUACUUUCAAAGGAAAAUAAAAGAAAAAUAGAACCAAAAGAAACCCCUAGCUGUUUGAUUCACCGCCUACUUGUUGUAUUUACCCUGCAACUUGAAAUCUUAGUGACAACCCUGAUUGUCUUAUCAUACUGCAAGUACCUAGGCGACUUUUAAAACGAACAGAUUUUUUUAUAAAAUUAUUAAAAAAAUAAUUUUAAUAAUUUUUUUGUUAAUAAUAAAUAAUUUUAUUUAACUUUUAAAAAAUAUGUAUGUACAUAAUUUACAGAAAUAUUUGAAGUAAGAAUUAAAGCACUAUAUAACUUUAAGAAUUAAAUAAAUCAUAAAAAAAAACAAUCACUGUGUCAAGAACGAUUGCCCAAAUACAUGCCUUGCGUAGUUCAAAAAUAAUAACGAUGUAAAAAAAAAUUCCAAAGGUCAAAAAAUAAAAUUUCUUGCAGGCAGUCCAGAGUUUAAACUUAUGUCAAUAAAACAAAAAAGACCAACCACUAGAACUUAUUAAUGCAUUGAAAUAAAACUAAUAAUUCUUCUUCCAAAUUCCUUUGAAUGGGCAAGCUGCAGCCUUCACCAUGUCCCUUUAAUCUGCUUUAAGUUUAAAUCCUUAAGAUCUUUCCUUAAUUACUGCUAGUUUAUGAAUCACUACUACUAGAAUGUUGAGUAUGUGGACGAAACUGUCACGCUGUUCUGCAGUGUCUACUGAGCACAUAGCAAAACAACCAUCAAGCUAUAAUGAAGAACACCUUUACUAAAUUCAUGAUUAAAUAUAUGGACCACUUCUUUAAUCCUUCGAGAUUGCAAAAGUAUUGGCGAAUGUCCUAUUCCUUUUAUAAAUCCGUCCUAGAAAUACUAAAUAGCACAGGCUUCUUACUUCUAUUCCAUACUUUAUACUACUACAUGACAAAUUUCUGCAGUUUGAUUGGCUUAGAGCAGUGGUAUUUCAGCUUAAUUUGAAAUACCUACAAGUCAAAAUUACAAACCUUUUGCAUGUAGUAGUAUAAACAAAUAAUUAAAUAGCAUGAUUUGUACGUGAUAUUUGGCAUAAAUACGACUCGUGAUAUUUCAAAAUUGUCUCAGAUUUCACUCGCCUAACGGCUCGUGAAAUUACGUAUAACGAUUUCGAAAUAUCACUCGUUGUAUUUAUGCCAAAUAUAACUACAAAUCAUGCUAUUACCUAUACCAAAUUCCCUACUUCUUGUCAUCUGAGGUGAAAUAUACCCGAAAUAAUUAUACAUCUUUUCACACGUACUAGUCGAACCAUCUCUGAAGCUCUACAAUUCCCAGCUGUCGCGUACAAUAAAAGAAUUAAUCAUUACAAAACUAAGAAUCAGUUUACUUUACAAGGCAUACGAAUGCUAUCCUCAAACAACCUUGUCGACGUACAUUGCAUGUGGAGGAAAUUAAAACGAUGAAGUUAUCAAUUAAUUAUUUUUAUUAUAUUUUUGACCAAAAUUUCUCUUUUACGUGUAUUUUCUCGGGAAUAGGAAUCCGAGUUUUUCUUUCACCUUCUAAAUUGAAAAACCGAAAGCAGGAAUCCAAGAAAACCUUUUGAAAAAAUCACACUUCCAGACACCAUUCCAGAAAGAAGAAAUUACACACCCGUGAUGUGUGACUAAAAUUUGCCAGACGCAUAUUACACAUGGUCAAAUACUAUCAAUACAGCGGUCCAAAUUUUCAAUUAGAAAAACGGAGCACUGCAGCUACACUAUAAACGAGUUUGCUGUGCAUGGAAAUUUCGCGUGCCUAAUUUAUAUUACCUUGUUUUGGGUCUCUCAAGUGUGUGGACAAAAUCCCAUGGAGUGACCAUCCACAAUGAAUACAAUCUUACAGUUACGUCUCGAUAAGCGGACCGAUAUAUAGCUGAUUAGCGAGAGGAUCAGCAGAAACCAUUUAUAUCUGUACUUUCUGUAGCAUUCAUUAAAAGUCUUAUCUUUAGAUGAUUGUAAAACCUGAUCAAACGAUCGAUCGAUCGAUCAAUUCAUUACCACUUAGGGAUAAAUGUCGCACGACUGCAAAUUUGCUGUUUUCGAUGGAAUAAUGUCAUGGCAUUCGAAUGGCGACGGUUGAGGAGCACGUUAUGUAACUCUGAAAUUUCUAGAAAGUCUAAAAGUGUGAUGAAAUAAGUCAAAAACGAUUCGAGGUUUUGUCAUCUAAUGCUCAAACACUGAAAACUAAUAUAUCACAUUGAAAACUAAUAUUAAUGUCACAUAAGAGAAGUAGUGUUUAAACUGUUAUCACCAGUGAUAUCAAACACGAGAAGGAGUGUUUCAUCUGAUGUUUAAAUAGCGGGAAGUGAUAUAUAAAACACGAGAAGCAGUGUCUCAUCUAACUAAUGUUUAAACCCCGGGAAAUAGUACAUCAAACACAAAAAGAAAUGUUUCAUCUGAUAUCUAAACAGCAAGCAUUAAUACAUCAAACACGAGGAGUGUUUCAGCUGAGAUCUACACACCGAGAAGUAAUACAUCAAACACGAGAGAGAGUGUUUCAACUGAGAUCUAAAAACCGAGAAAGAAGUUACAAAAACGAUACACAUACCGGAUCUUUAACCGACUUUGUAAUGCCUGGUGUACUCUCAAAUCUUAUCAACUUUUUUUAAAAAAAUUCAAACAAACGUUUGCCAAAUUUUCUGCCAAUUAUGUUUGGCUUCACAACCCAUCUCUAAGAUAGUGAUUCCCAUUGUUUUAUGUUCGAACGUUGUAGCAAGGGUGAGAAUAUUAGUCCCAGUGAAAAGAUAUGGGGCAGUACUUUCCUAUGCUAAUGACGUUUUAGUCCAUAUAUAACUCCAAGUGUGACGGCUCAAAUACUGGCUGUUAAAUAGCUCGUUCCAGUCGCUGAAUCUGCAUUAUAUUGUACAUUAAGGUUUAAGUCUGUGGAUAAAACGUGAUUUCACUGUUUUCAGUGUUGUUCAAAAUCCUUUACCGUCUCAGACGUAGAGCGAAUCAAGGUUAAAUGUAAAGUUCUUCUAACUUUUGAGUCUGUGGACGAAAUCCUAUAGUGUGACCAUUCAAAUAAAAGCUACUGAGCAGUACUUUCAUGUGGUACUGUUUUUUAUGCUGUACAAGGUGGUUCUAACUUUUGAGUCUGUGAAAUCCUGCAUUGUGACCAUUCUAAUGAAAGCUACUGAGCAGUACUUUCCUGUGGUACUAUUUAUUAUGCUGUACAAGGUGGUUUUAACUUUUGAGUCUGUGGAUGAAAUCCCAUGGUCUGACCAUUCAAAUGAAAGCUACUGAGCAGUACUUUCCUGUGGUACUGUUUAUUAUGCUGUGCAAGGUGAUUCUAACUUUUGAGUCUGUGGAUGAAAUCCUUUGUGUGACCAUUCAAACAAAAGCUUUUGAGCAGCAUUUUCUGGUGGUGCUAUUUAUUAUGCUAUAGAGAACGCUUCUAACCUUUUCGUCUGUGGACGAAAUCGUAUGGUGUGGCAAUUCAAAUAAACACUCCUCAGCAGUAUUUUUGCAAGGUACCUCUUGUUGAUCCAAGGUUUCUCAAAACGAGAUUAAAUUUGGAAUUUUUUGGGAUAGACUAUCACCAUGAGAAGUGAAAGGGUUAAACAGGUAAAACGACUCUGCAGUGACCGAUAACCUUACUCUUAGUGCCACACCCACUAUCCGAGUGAAGUGAAAUUUUGCGGAUGGAGUGCAGCAGCGUGCAAGAAACAUUGUCACAUAGCAGAAACUCAGUACAUCAAAUCACGGUACAUUUGAUGAUUCACAUCGAUAUUUUUAGCCAACUACUCAAAAAUAAAUAUCAUUUACUGUACUCUCUCUGGUAAUUAGACUCUAAAAGAGUGCUUUCCUCGACCUUUUUUUUGUAUCAGGUAAAAUUUAAUAGAUUGAUUAAGUGACCAUCUCCGGUACUGGAUUGGAUCAAAAGACCUUAUACGCUAAGUGUGAUAUGGAAUACCCAUUGCAAAUUACAUGAUAUUCCCUGGAGAUUUCCAAAUUUUGCGAAAAAAAAAAACAAAUGGCAGAGGGAAAGAGCUCCAGAUGAGGUCUUAGUUGAAUGUUAACACUUACGGAAUUUGACCACACACUUAAAAGUUAGAGAAUACCUUCCGUGUCUGCAUAAUUAUCUCUCGGGGUGAAAGUGUCAUGAUAUAUGUACGUGCUUGACUGUCUUUUUUGUGCAACAUCGAAAGAGAAUAUUUUUUGAGUAUGGUGACAUAAAAAAAAAACGCGAAUAUCACCUGAUCCUUUCAAUGCCGAAGUUGGCCGAAGUCAAAAUUCAACAAAUUUCUACAUUUCAUUUUGUAAAAUGCUGAAAAACAAAUAGUGCCAAGUGAAAGUAUUGUAAAAGAGGUUGCAUUUGAAUGGUCACAUCAUAGGAUUUCAUCCGCAGAUUCAAACCUUAGAACCACCGUGUACUGCAUAAUAGACAGUACCACAGGAAAGUACUGUUCAGUAGCUUUCAUUUGAAUGGUCACACCAUAGGAUUUCAUCCACAGACUCAAAAGUUAGAACCACCUUCUACAGCAUAAUAAACAGUACCACAGGAAAGUACUGCUCAGUAGCUUUCAUUUGAAUGGUCACACCAUAGGAUUUCAUCCACAGACUCAAAAGUUAGAACCACCUUCUACAGCAUAAUAAACAGUACCACAGGAAAGUACUGCUCAGUAGCUUUCAUUUGAAUGGUCACACCAUAGGAUUUCAUCCACAGACUCAAAAGUUAGAACCACCUUCUACAGCAUAAUAAACAGUACCACAGGAAAGUACUGCUCAGUAGCUUUCAUUUGAAUGGUCACACCAUAGGAUUUCAUCCACAGACUCAAAAGUUAGAACCACCUUCUACAGCAUAAUAAACAGUACCACAGGAAAGUACUGCUCAGUAGCUUUCAUUUGAAUGGUAACACCAUAGGAUUUUAUCCACAGACUCAAAAGUUAGAACCACUUUGUACAGCAUAAUAAACAGUACCACAGGAAAGUACUGCUCAGUAGCUUUCAUUUGAAUGGUAACACCAUAGGAUUUUAUCCACAGACUCAAAAGUUAGAACCACUUUGUACAGCAUAAUAAACAGUACCACAGGAAAGUACUGCUCAGUAGAUUUCAUUUGAAUGAUCACAUCAUAGGAUUUUUUGCACUGAUUCAAAAGUUAGAACCACCUCACGCUGAAAGGGCUAAACAGCGAUCGUGAAUAGGGAGCCUUUCUUUUCUUGUAUCUUUUUUACUUCAGAACUGACCUAAAUCAAACUACAAAAACACCCAAAGAAACUAUUCAAAGUGGCUGUUAUCUUUAUGUUCGUAUAUUAAGAUAAAAUAUUUCCUUACAUUCUGUCGUGUUAUCGGUAGAUAUUGAGUCCGAUUUUAGCCUCAAUUAAAUUAGCUUUAGGAAACAGUUGAAACAGGAACUUUCGAAUUUAUCACAAGUAAUCUAACAGCUAGGAUUAGUUUCAACAAAGAUGGCUAAAGUCAGACUGACUGUCUGAGAUGAGAUGUCUUGUCACGGAAAUCAGGAGUUACGACCACAUGAAGCCACAGCAAGUAAAGCCAAAAAUUCCAAAGUUUGAAUUUGAAAGCGCACCGUUAAAUAGCUCAGUUAUAUUUAGUAAUUACCGAGAAAGAUUUCGUCUAUUCACGUAUAUUAGGCUAGAGAUAUUUACCAAAUUAUUGUUUGUCUUGUUUGAUUGCGAAAUAAUAAACAAAAAAUGCGAAAUUGUAACAACACUUCAUAAAAUUCAUAUUUUGACAUUUGUAUCUUGACACGACACUACAAAAAAGGAAAAGAAGCAUUUCUCUCCAAAACCAGACCCAAAAUAUUGUUCCCCUAAAGCAUGGAUACGAAACGAAAAACGUUUCUAGUUGACUCUGUCAUUCCCAUGAGGAACGUAGGAAAUUCUUUAAUUCCAAUGUGUAAAGUACUCGAGAACAAAUAGUACUAAGGAAAGGAACUUCGCCAGAGGAUCGUCAAUAAACUCAAAAAUACUGAAAAAAACUCGCUCGUUUCUACGUCUGACUUGUGGAGUGAAAGUCGUUUUAGAUUUUCGUUCACGUCGUGCUUUAAAAGAAUGUGAAAGCUAAACCAGUUUUAUACAUAUAAUUAUAAGAGUGAAGAAUUUCUAGCCCAGACUUAUUUAAUGGGAAACACGCGUAGGUAUUUCUGACACCAAUGUACUAAAAACAAAAGUCACUUAUGGCCACAUUUCUUUUCUAAAGUGUCGGUUUGUCUUGACUGUCCUUGAAAAUCUACAGUGACUAAAUGGAGUGGAUCUAACUUUGAACUUGUGAGCAUGGUUGAGCCUUUCAUUGCUGACGGUGGCCUAAUUGAAUAUUCACACACAAAAAAUCAAAGUUGUUUUUGUAAAAUUCUAGGAAUCACAUACGAAUGUAGUAUUAUGCAAAUGGUAAAAGCAUAGGAUUUCCCCAGAGAUUCUAAAGUUAGAAUGACAAAUCAUCUCACCUAAUCUUGGUCAAAGAGGUAAAGGGCCUCAGAAAAUUCUUGAAGAAUCUGAGCCAGCUAUUUUGCUAAAAUGGGACGAUAACAUUUUAAUCGGAAGGUUAAAAGUUUGUUCCUGUACUAUUCAGUGUUUAAUAUGCUGUCAAGACGGAUUGUUCUAACUUUUGAGGCUGUGGAUGAAAUCCCAUGGUGUGACCAUUCAAACAAAAGCUACGGCUGAGCAGCACUUAACUGUAGUACUGUAGAUUAUGCUGUACAAAGCGGAUCGAACUUUAUGCCUGUGAAAAAAUCUAAACUGCUAUAAUUUAAAAGUUUAAAUUAACUCAAUUUAGCAGUAAUUUCAUGCAGUAAUGUGAUUAAACGCUUUACAAGAUCAUUCACACUUUAAGUCUCUGCGCCCAUUAAUUGUACACAACGAUGUGUUUGCGCCUGUGGCAAAUAAAACCCGAAGUUAUGACCGCUUUAAAUCGCUUGGGGAGUCCUCCAAGAUGGUACAUCCCGUUCAGUUUUCUCGUAAACUUUGUUACCAUGUUUGUGUGUAUAUCAUUUUACUUGGGAUGAUGCAAACCUAGCGUAUCAGACUAGAGACGAUUUUCCUCGAGUGGAGGUUUACGCUGUUGCAAUGGGCGCAUUUAAUUUGGACUUAAUUGUAUUAGUACGUUAUGACCAUCUAAAUAAAAGCUAUUGAUGAGUGAAGCAGAGUAGCUCUGCGGUGCAGAAUCAAAUUGCUUGUUUUGUGGAUCUAUUGUAAACCGUUUCUGUGCAUGGCAAAGCUGAAGAAGGGUUUUAUGAGCCAGUUUUUGCGUUGGCGAAGGCCUUUUAAGUACGGUAAAUACUAAUAGUAUCGAAAAUGCUACUUAUUUUAAAAUGUUGCAGUAGUUUCACCUCCAAUUUAUUGCUAAACUACAUAUUUUUGCGGUAGGGUUGGGUCAAAUAUUCCGGUUUUAUGCAUCAAAAAGUAUUUGAAAACGUGACAUCCAACCGACGACAGAAAAUAACACAAGAAAGGAAAGACCAGCGUGCAAAGAAAGUCGUGUCCGAUAGCCUCAACGGGGCUAGUGGAUUUUGCUAUCAGGCUAGUGAUUUUUUUCCCUUAAAAGGUCACUUGCCCGACGGGCAAGUGCUGUGUUUUUUUAGGGGAAAUUCAAAUUACAGAAGGAUGGUAAUCAAUCCUGCUAAUCAAAAAGGGUUUUGGGGCUAGUUGAAAUGACUUGUUGGCUAGUACAUGCUGGCUACAGCUUGCCCGAAUGGCAGGCUGUGAAACGGACUUUCUUUGCACCCUGAAAGACAAUGCUUUGAAAGACUAUCUAUUGUGAAGGUUGUAUUAAACCAUUUCACCUCAUUUUACAAAGAAGUGCAAAACAAAUGGUAUUAUGAGAAAGGUCUGCCAAAGUGGUUAUAUUUGAAUGAUCACAUAUACUGAUUUCUUUUACAGUAUCAAAAGUUAGACCAGUUAUUUUCAUACCUCCACAAAAUACUCUACAGCUGAGAGGGUUUAGAAAAUUAGCAAAUUGCACUAGAAAAAGACAGUCUUUCUUCUGAGAAUUUGCUCCGCCAAUUGUCUGCUUUUUUGCGAUAAUAAAAUAAUGUUUUGGGUACGACAAGCUCUGCUAGGACCUUCAACAAGGCGUCCGCAGCUGGCAAAUACGAGGAAUUAAUUUCUUUUUCUAAAAUAUGCUGCUUUUAAACUUUUCAGCGAAAAUAUGCAUUAACGUCACUUUUUAUAUCGUCUCCCUUUAUUGUUUCCAAGUGAUAUGGAAAACAGUUACCGCAAUUCUAAUUCUUUCUCAAAGAUUGGUUUUGGGCUCAUACGACUUGUUAUUUAGGAGAGGCUUGUAAUGUGUGUUAUCGCCAUGAUAGUAAGUUCUUACUUCACGUUUGCAUAAAAAAUAGAUUAACUCUUCAGUUUUUAGAGUCAAUUAAUUAUUAUAUAGACGCGUAAUGGAGUUUCAACUUAAACAAUCCUCACGUGUGACCAUUUAAAUGAAAGCUACUGAGCAGUACUUUUCUGUGGCUUUGUUUAUUAUGCUGUACAAGGUGCUUCUAGCUUUUGAGUCUGUGGAUGAAAUCCUGUGGUGUGAUAUUCAAUUAAAAUCUCUUCAGCAGCACUUUUAAUGGGUACCAUUUAUUUUUCAGUAUUUUUACAAACUUAAAUUUAGAUUUAAAAAAUGGACUUUGGCCAUUUUUAGCAGGGGUAAAGGAUUGAGAUAAACUGAAAAUGUAGUAAGCAUAAAUGUUUCAUUUAUUCAAUAGUUUUUAUUGUAUCAAGCCAUUAAUAAAGAAUGAUAAAACAUGUAUAAUCUAUUCUGAUAUGAGAUAAAGACGCUAAAGGAAUUUGAUAGAAAUGAUUUCAUAAUCCCGGUUAUAAAAUGUUAAAGUUGAUACAAGUAGAGAGAUAAUUACCGUAUCACCGGUCUGCAAAAUGCACGACUGCUUGAUGGGAUUAUCCGUGAAAGACUGAGGAUAUAUUCAUGAGUAAAUGCGAUUAGGAUGUGAAGGAUGAAAAAUUUUGGACAUGCGAUAAGUUUCAUUGACAGCUGGAUCCACAGAUAGAUCGGUUUAUAGUGAAAAAAAAGAAAAAGGAUGUUUAAAAAUAGGUUAAACAUGGCACAAUAUGUAACAGAUAGGAGAGAGAAAGUGUUAUGUAAUGAACUACUACACUGCCCUUUAUCAAAAUUCAAAUUCUCAUUUGUUGUCCCUAUACGUUUUCAAUUGAAGUUGUGGAAGGAAUUUGUUGAAGUAUCAGUUAGACUCAUCUUGCGUGAUCAUGUCCUCAAUUCUCGUGACCACUGUGUUUUAUAAAGCAGUGAUAUCACUCUUAGGGCUUUGAGGGUUAAGAAAUUAAAUAAAUGACAAAAUCACAACGUCCUGACAAGUAAAUACGUCCUCAAAGCAUUUUUUCAAGUUAGCCACAACUGGGAAAAAUUGAAAAAAACUGUCACGAUAAAAAAUUUUCAAGUUUUAAUCUUCUUCACUUCUUAUUCUUCGAUUUUUCGUACAAUUUUUGUUGGAAUUCUUUGUGCGGUUUCAAAUCACAGAUUCUAACCUGUUAAAAUAAAUUUUCAUCUGACAAUAAAUGCGUAAUAUAAAUUUGUAGCUACUGCUGCAGAAAAAGGUUUGGGAAAAAGAAACAGAAUCGCCAAAACGUGGCUAUGAAGUCUUCACGAGAAAUUUGCCUGUGUAAAAAGGCCAGGUCUUUUCUUGCGGUGAUUUUAAAUAUGAAAAGGCCCUGGUGACUAGUUUCCAAGUCAUGUGACUCUGCUGGGGAGAUUGAUGGAAAGUUCGAGGUACUUUUCUGCGCACGCGUUUUGUAUGCUGCCCUGAUAAAAAAAAAAAGUGAGGAAAGUAUAAAACGCCGAAGAAAAGAGCCCUUCUCUUGUUCAUGUUUCCUUCCUAAUCGUUUAUUUUAGAAAUUGUUUUACAAAGAAGAUAAACAGAGGAAUCUUUGAGACUAACAAUGGAGCAUUUAUUUACACUGAUUCUUGCUUUGUAAAUGUCUUGUUUCAGGUGUGGUUUAAAAACAGAAGAGCCAAGUGUCGCCAGCUGGACAAAGCAGCGGAAAACAAAAGAAAACUCGAAAAAAAAUCUCCACCAGGGCCAAUUCCUUCUCCACCAAAAAUCAACGAACCAAAAAAAUCAAGUCCUUCGCCAUACCAGCUCCCAAGCUGCAGUGCGAACAUGAACGGGAACAUGUGGAACAAUUCAUCGUCAAUACCACUGACGCAUGGUCAAAAUUACCCCUCUCCUCCCGUACUGACAAACAAUUCCGGCCCAGUGUUUAUGCCUCCCCCACACCCUCCCCCUGCGCCGGGACCCCCACCUUAUUAUCGACAAACCGCUGACUGUUCUUAUAUGUCAUCGCCGUAUAUGCACAUGAAUAGACCGGGCGAGCAACCGUAUCCUCCGACACAUAUGUAAUGAACGAGCUGUUAAAAUCAAGCUAUGUAUAUCUGGGCAAAUCAACAAGGACCGUCUUCGCGAGAUAAGCUGACCGUGCCGAGUUCAAGGCGAAGAUUGCCGAAGCGCUGGUUUUAGCGAAGACGUCCGAUUGUCACGCACAAGGAUGAAGUUGGCAAAGGUUUUAGAGUAUAUGCUCAGUUGCUUUCAAGCGCAAAGAUUUUUUUUUUAAAUUUAGACCAGAGAAAACUGUAUAUAAGAAUAAUGAGCAUCCUCUUUUAAAAGAUGCGAAAUGAGAAUUGUAACAAUCGCGUUUAGAGGUUUUUAUAACACAGUUUUAUUAUUUCGGAAACAUGGAGUCAGCCUAUGGAGAGAUGAAUCAUUAGCUGAGUUAUAUCGCAAACAGCUGGUUGCUACUUUUUUGGUCCACGUGAAAUAAUUUGUCUUUGCCAUAAUUUAAUUUUAAUGCAUUCUAGAGUACCGCGCAAUAUAUUUGUAGAUCGUUUCUGUUGUUUAAAAUAUCACAUUGUCUCUAACAACCAAAACCUGAACUAAUACAAAAGGCCUAUCAUGAUACAAACUAAGGAUUCGUAGGAAUUACAGCGCAAGAAAACAGGUUACUGACUUUCCUUUGUGGGGGGGAGGGGCAAACGUGUCAAAGUUAAAGGGGCUGUGUCACGGCAGUCCAGUUCAUUUUGUUUAAUUUUACCAAUUACUCGCCCUAAUAUCGCUACGGAACUUAAAGUAAACAAAGAAAUUACAUGGAUAUGACAAAAUCAGAGAUUCGAGACAAACAAAAGUGUCUUCUGAGCAUUAUUUUUGAAGCUACAAACAGCAGAGAUCAACUUUAAAAACCUGUUAGGCUGAACAGUUUUCAAAAACCCUAAUUUCAAUCCGUUUCAAUCUUCUUCAGUUUUGCCUAUCCGAGGCAGCUGUUGUAUCUGUUGUGUUAUUUCAACCUUCCUUUAAUGUUUUAAGCGGUUAUUUUUAUGUCUCUCUUAAUUUAACGGGCAUUUUGUAAUUACCUAAUUUGGCUGAAUUUCGUGACACAGCUCCUUAAAGGUUGUUUACCAUUUACAUCAGCAAACCGAUCGGUUCAGGGUUUGAGCAAAAAUUUAGGGAUCAUUUGACGUUUCUGUGUAACUCACCACCUACCCUCCCCCAAGUCACAACUUUGCCUUUAAUGAGAAGCAAGUGUUGAUUUUGACUUAGGGGAGGGGUAGGUCGUCUGUUAACCAGAAACCUCAACUGAUCCAAAUUUAGUACUGGUAAAUUUCGUCCGGGAAUCGCGUUGACCAUUUGCACAAAUCAGUUCCAUUUACCGAAAAACGGCCGCGAAAGACUGAAACUGUUAUCAAUUUGAAGAAAUGAAACACGAGUUUCCGUUUGGAACAUUCCAACCGGGAAAACAGGACUACCAUUUCACACGUUUCUUUGCUACCGGAAAUUUUCAACUGAAACGAUCCGAAAGGUCUUUUCCAAUCAGAUUUUCCAGAAACUCUUUGUUAAUGGUAGACAACCUACAAAACUAAACAGCCUAUCAGAAUUUAGGGUGAGGACGGGCAGCCGCGUAAAAGUGCGGGAAAAUGAGUGCUAUUAUUGCAGCUUCAAUGCAACAGAGAUAUAACGAACCUCUAUAUAACGAAGUCCAUGGUGUAACGAACAGUAUUUCUUCACCCCCAUAAUAGUACAACAUAUGGACAGGAACCACAAUAUAAUGAAAUCUCCUCAUAGCAAACAUAUUUUGCCAGUCCCUUGGCCCUUCACUAUGAUGAGGUUCUACUGUUGCGCUAUGCAAAAAGCACUUCAAUCCAGUACGGGAAAAUGUGUAAAGGUCAAUGCAAAGUUAAGCAUUAAUAAUGGCAUCUACGUUUUCCUGUUAGUACCAUACAAAUAUAUGGAAAAGAAAUGUAUUCAAAUAUAGGGGUACUAAUGUGUUUGAUUCUACAUGUAAGGCUAUUAGAACUUGUCACAAUUAACCAUCUUUCAAGGUUAUUAUAAUCCUAGAAAUUUCUCACCUGGUCUUUUGCGAAGAACAGUUCAAUUUUCAUCUCUCUCUUUUUUAAAUUUAGACCAUAUCGUUGUUCACUUAUUCAGUUGAUGCAUGCGAAACUCCAUUUGCUGUUGAGAAUAUCAGAUGCAUUUUCAUAUUAAAAAUUUAAGGCAC